AUGAUCGUGUGUCCCCAGAGCGUGCAGCAUCCCCAAGGGAGUCGGUGCCAGCGGCUGCCGGGACAGGUGGUAAAGAUGUCCAGCAGCGACCCCGAGCGCCCCCAGCUGCUGUUUGUGAAGGUGCUGGCAAACCGAGGGCGGCUGGAGGCAGUGACCCAGCAGAUGGGCUACCAUCCACAGUACCUCGACAGCUUCCUCAAGACGCAGCACUACCUGAUGCACAUGGACGGGCCACUGCCCUUCGACUGCCGCCACUACAUUGCCAUCAUGGCAGCUGCCCGGCACCACUGCCGCUACCUGGUGAACCUGCACGUGCUGCAGUUCCUGCAGGCGGGGGGCGAUCCCCAGUGGCUGCGUGGCCUCGACUACAUCCCCCCCAAAAUCCGCAACCUCAAUGAGAUCAACAAGAUCCUGGCACACCGGCCGUGGCUCAUCACCAAGGAGCACAUUGAGAAGCUGCUGAAGAUCAGUGAGUGGAGCUGGUCGCUGGCAGAGCUGGUGCACGCUGUUGUCCUCCUGGCACACUGCCAUGCCCUUGCCAGCUUUGUCUUCGGCUGUGGCUGCGAGCAUGACGAGGGGCUGGGGGGCCGAGGUUCACUGAAGGCCUUGUCCCCUGGCACCCAGUGCUUCUGUGAAUCCAGCAACAGCUGUGGCCAGGAGCUGCUGCGCAUCAGCCGCAAGCAGUCCCUGGACUCCUGCAUGGAGCUGGAUUCUCUGCGGGAACGCAUGCAGCAGAUCCACGUGGAGACCGAGGGCAGGGAAGAGAUGAGGCUGCUGCAGCAGGAUCAGGAGGAAGCUGAUCCCAUCGGGGAAGUCACCGGUGCCACCAACCUUGCCUGCUACAUGCAGGACCCUGACUUUGGAUACCAGGACUUUGCACGGCGUGACGAGAAUCAGACGCAGGUAUUCAGAGUCCAGGAUUACUCCUGGGAGGACCAUGGCUUCUCGCUGGUCAACCGGCUCUACUCGGACAUUGGGCAUCUUCUAGAUGAGAAGUUUCGGAUGGUGGAUGGCCUGCAAAGCACAGCCAUGGCCAAGAGGCAGGGCUGUGAACCCUCUGUCUUCAAGCGGGGCAUCUGGAACUAUAUCCACUGCAUGUUUGGCAUUAGGUACGAUGACUAUGACUAUGCAGAGGUGAACCAGCUGCUGGAGAGGGUGCUCAAGGUGUACAUCAAAACCGUCACCUGCUACCCAGAGAAGACCAAUACCGAGAUGUUCAACAGGUUCUGGAAGCAAUUCAAGCACAGUGAAAAGGUCCAUGUGAACCUGCUGAUCCUGGAGGCCCGGAUGCAGGCAGAGCUGCUGUACGCACUGCAGGCCAUCACCCAGUACAUGAUCUCCUAG